CGUACGUUCUACGUAAUUACGUGUAGAAACCGAAACGAAACUGAAAGAAGGCAUUUACAGGGGAAUCCUGUGCGGUGCUGUAUACAAAAUACCCUGUUGCUGGACAGCCUGCAAAGCCACUCACUUUCCAACACACUGAUGUGAACAGAUGAUAAAGGAUGACUUCUAAUAACGACGCAACUUUAAUCUGGCUUCUUGGGGAAUGCUUCCGAAACAGACUGCGCACUCUAAUUCAGGUGCAGCCCGUUCUGGAUCAUGUAAACUUUAUCGAGCGCGAACAGAAAGAUUUGAUCAUAAAUAAAGCGAGAACUGAAAGCAAUCAACGAGCCGCCGAUCUGCUUAUCGAUACGAUAAUAAAGAAGCCGCGGCCUGACGGCUGGUUCAGGGAGCUCGUAAAUGCGCUGGAGGCUGGAGGGUGUAAAUAUGCCGCACAGUACGUGGACACGGCCGAACUCCCACCGCCCUCGCUGGAGGCUGAAAAUGAUCACUUUGUGCAACUCGUUGAUCUACUUGCUCCAAGUCUCAUAACGAUGAAGACAUCUGACGUCUGUCUCAUGUGUUUUGCAAAAGAAAUUCUAACUAAGGAAGACCACGACAAUAUCAUGGCAGAAGUCAGGAAUAACGGGCAAAGGAAUGGCGCGCGUCUGCUUCUGAGAAGGAUCGUGUUGCAGCCGCCGGGUUGGUUUUCUGCAUUUCUGGAUGUGCUGAGCAAAUCUGAGCACCACGACCUCUUCCGGGAACUUACUGGAGCAGAAACGCCUCAAGAGCUGGAAGAAAUGAUUACUGAGGACAGAGAUACACCCGAAGCGCUAAAGGACCAAAAUGAGCUCAAAAAAGACGAACCGGUCGAGGGUCCAGAGGAGAUGGAGCUGGAAAGAACCUCUGCAGAGGAAUCGCUGGACGGCAGCAUGGGAAACAGCAGCUUUAACUCUCUGCUGGAUUCAUCCAUUGGGAGUACCUCUGAUCGUACAGAUCUGGAUCUGUACAAUGCAGAUGCUGAGCAAAAGAAUGAGAAGGAGGAGGGAGUGGAUGAGAGUCCAGUGUCAGACGGCGGGGAUGAGGGGCCGGCAGCCGCGGGCGCUACAGACACUGACAUCGUUCUCCGGGAUUAUCAGAUGGAGGUCGCGAGACCCGCCUUGGAGGGGAAGAACAUCAUCAUAUGCCUCCCGACAGGCAGUGGCAAAACCAGAGUUGCUGUGUACAUCACCAGAGAGCACCUGGACGCCAGGAAAAGGGAGGGCAAGCCAGGGAAGGUGGUCGUUUUGGUUAACAAGGUCCCGCUGGUGGAGCAGCACUACAGCACGGAGUUCGGGAAGUACCUCAAACGCCAGUAUCACGUGGAGAGGGUCAGCGGGAACUCCCAGCUCAAAAUCUCCUUCCCCGACAUCGUCAGGAAGAACGACAUCAUCAUCUGCACGGCCCAGAUCCUGGAGAAUGCCUUCAGCCAGGCGAAAUCUAAGGAGGAGGGCAGCAUUCAUCUGUCAGAUUUCUCCCUGGUGGUGAUUGACGAGUGCCACCACACGCAGAAGGGCGAGGUGUACAACCACAUCAUGAUCCGCUUCCUGCGGCAGAAGCUGAAGAACGAGCUGUCGCGUAAACAGCAGAGCGAGCCCGUCCCCCUCCCGCAGAUCCUGGGACUCACCGCCUCGCCCGGUGUGGGAGGGGCCAAGAACAUGCAUAAAGCUGAGGAGCACAUCCUAAAAAUCUGUGCCAAUCUGGAUGCCUUCAAAAUCAUGACAGGAAGGCUGGGGGACCAUGAGAAAGAGCCCUAUAAAAAGAUAGCAACAGCUGAAGAAAGAAAAGAGGAUCCGUUUGGAGACAUGAUUAAAGGAAUCAUGGAUGAAAUCCACAGCCAUGCUGAGCUGCAGCCCCCCUGUAAUCCGGGAACCCAGAACUACGAGCAGUGGGUAGUACAAAAAGAGCAGCAAGCUGCAAAGGAGAAAAAUCAGAAGGUUCGAGUGUGCGCUGAGCACCUCCGGCAGUACAACGAGGCUCUGCACCAGAGCAACACCCUCCGCAUGUCCGACGCCUUCAGCUUCCUCAGAAAGUACCACGACGAGGAGCUCAAAAAGAAAACGGCCCCCGAGGACGAGGAGGAAGCCAUAGAGCUCACCGAGACCGACAGAUUCCUCUUCAGGCUGUUCAGAGACAAGAAGCGGAAGCUGGAAGACGUGGCGAAGAAGCCGGAGUACGAGAAUAAGAUCCUGUCGACACUGAAACAGACGGUGCUGCGGGAGUUCACCAGCAGGCAGGAAGCCCGCGGCAUCAUCUUCACCAAGACGCGCCUCGGCGCCAUGGCCCUGCACCAGUGGAUCCUGGAGAACAAGAAGUUUGAGGAGGUUGGGGUCAGCGCCAGCUACCUGAUUGGAGGAGGAGACCAGAGCGUGGUGAAACCGAUGACCUCGAAAGAGCAAAAGGAUGUUCUGGAGAAGUUCCGCAAAGGGGAAAUAAACCUGCUCAUCGCCACCACGGUUGCCGAGGAAGGCCUCGACAUUAAAGAGUGUAAUUUCGUUAUCCGAUACUGCCUCGUGACCAACGAGAUCGCCAUGAUUCAGGCCAGAGGCAGAGGGAGAGCGGGGGACAGCAGUUACACCCUGGUGGAAGUGGAGGGCUCCGGCGUGAGCGAGAGAGAGAGCGUGAACGAGUACCGCGAGCAGAUGAUGAGCAAAGCCAUCAGAAAGAUCCAAAAUCUCGAACGGAAGGAGUACGAGAGCAAAGUGAGGGAGUUUCAGAUGCAGGCCAUAGUGGAGAAGAAGGUCCACGCCGUCAAGAAAAAGCAGAAGGUGAUGCUGAAAGAUGAUCCCUCCAAAGUGAGAUUCAGCUGUCGAAACUGCAGCAGGCCGGUCUGUUCGGGGAAGGACAUCGAAAUCAUGGCAGACAUGCACCACGUCAAUGUGACCGACGAAUUUAAGGAACUGUUCAUAGUGAGAGAGAACAUGACGCUGCAAGAGAGACUGCUGGACUACGAAGUGAACGGUGACGUUGCCUGCAAGGCCUGUGGAUAUAAAUGGGGCUCCAUGAUGCUGUUCAAAGGGAUUGACUGUCCUUGUCUUCAUAUCAAGAACUUUGUGGUGACAUACGAUAACAAGCAGAAGACCUACAACAAAUGGAGCGAGCUGGCCGUCCGAUUCCCGCCGUUCGAUUUCCACAACCAUCCCGAUCUGAUCGCUGGUGACUCUGACUCAGAUUAGGUGGCACCUGCUUCAUGAAGGUAGAUAAAGAUAAUGUGCACAGGUAAGACAAGGG